AUAUGAUGUUGUUUUACAAAAAUAGUUUUUGAAUUUAUACAGUUUAAAACAGAAGCUUAACCUCUGUCGUGUUUUAGUCGAGAUAGUCUUGUAGGUUGCAUGUGAAUUGACCAAAAUUGUCAUUUAUAUACAAUUUUCCAAAAUUUUGCGAAGUGUGCAGAACGUAUAAAUUUGACAUUUCGGUACAUGUAUGGCUGAUGAUAGGGAAGUACUGAGAAUAUUAUGGGAUGGACGAAUCCCUGUGUGUUUUACAUUAAAUGCAGACGAAGUGGUUGCGUUGGAGGAGCCAGAACCGUUUUAUGUAAGUUUAAAGUUUUUGCGGUCCGGCAUUAUUGCAAAAUCAGUAAUCACAGAAUACUCCGAUCGAGUUCCAUGUUUAUACCAUGUAUGGCAUUUCCAAAAAGGCAAGUUGCCAAGUUCCAAAUUACGCUUUACUUCUUGAGAAAGUAAUAUUAGGUUCCAGUUUUCGUCAACAUUUAAUACACAAUUAAUCAAAUAUUAUAUAGUUCAGCCUGUGGAAAAAAAUCAAAAUUGAGGUUAGCAAAAAAAUGGCAUCAUGCCAACCUAAAUAAAUCUGAACAAUGUCGGCACCUCUUGCCAUUUCUCAAAUGGUAUCCUACAUAGUCAAAUGCCGACAUCGUUUUCAAGGGCUGCAAUCUUGCACUACCUGACUUUCAUACUGAAUGUCUGGUCAAACUACAGAACUGAACUAACAAAUAAGUUAGUAAUCACUAAGGGGGGAAUUGGGGAUCUGCCCCCCCCCAGUUUUCUUCAAGACGAGUUUUGUAAUUCUUUUAAAACUGAAGAAAAACUUGUCUACUACAUGAAAUGUACCAAAUCUGUGGCUUUCAGAUUAUGAUAAAACAUGUCUAAUUAAAAUGCAUGAAAUAGUGUUUACAGACCCUAAAACUAGAAAAAUUUUCUGGAGGACCAUGCCUCUAGACGAACGGACGAUUGGACCCCCCCCCACUUGUUGGGGCUGGCUACGCCCCUGCUUGGUUGCUUAUCCUAAGAUUUCUAAGUAUCAAAGUUACCCAUGGUGAAAGCACCAGGAAAAAAUAAGGAUUGAACUAGCAGAAUAAUUGUUGGUACUUAUUUUCCAUUGCCAGUUACUUCUGCCAAGAGUGAGUUAUCUUCCUGUGGUCACGGAUAAAGUCACCAAACAUUUUCAACGUGCUAUCAAGCCAGAUAUGAAUACCAGUAGUAUUUGGUUUGAUUUUAAUGGACAGCCUCUUAAAUGGUAAUUUUAUAGCCAGUUAAUUCAAUGUGCAGUACAUAUCAUUUCAAUGUGGCAAACAUAAAAGGAUAGAGUAGCCUGGUUACCCCCCCUCUGAAAUAUUUCAAGCAUACACGCAGACCCCUCUAAUGUCUCUUCAAACCACCCCACAGAAAAUGUCAGCAUCAACCACUAUGUGAAUUUGUUACCCAAAUUUUAAUGAUUUAUGGAACAAAAAAAUUGCAGCAUCCUACAAUUUGACAGUUUACACUUCCUAGAAAUUGCAUUUUCACACUGCCUGCCCCCCCCCCCUGAAAAAUGUUAUGCAUCCCCUUGAAAAACUGUACACGCGCCUCCUAAAAAAAUUAAACAUUAAUUCACAGCCCCUGCAUUAACCAUUUAAGUGGCAAUGCACCCACUUUAUUAUUUUAUUCUGUCUGAUGCCGGACUAUUUUACUCACCAAAGUGAGAGUGCUGUGACUCAAUGGGUUAGUCAAUAUACAUCCACAAUGUUUUAGGGCCCAGUUACAUCAGGCCUUUAGACACUGACAAUCCGAUUGUGAAUUAUUACAAUUUCACAUAAUAUAAUAAGAGCUGCCAAGUCUCACGGUUUACCCGUGGGCUCAUUUUUUUAUUACAUUGUACUCAUGCAUAUAUGGCAAUCUGGUUCCCCUAACAUGCCCGGUCAACAAUAAUAUAAAGUCAACAAUUUAUACAUAAUUUGAUUAAAAUUUUUCAGUAUGAAAUAUUGUCUGUGCUACUCUGUCUGGCUAUAUGAUCAGUAUGUAUUAAAUAACAUAGAUAUCACUAUUAUCACAUAUAUCGCUGUCAGGGGGGGGGGGGGUAUGAACUACAAACUAAAGGCCCCCAACAACCUCCAGGUUUUUAAUCAUCUGAACUUGGCAGCUCUGUAUAAUUAUCUGAUUAUCCGACAGGCAUUAUCCGAUUGGUGUAUUGUUUGACUUGUAUGGAUCAAAUAAGUCACUUCCAUGGAAUAUUACAGUUCAUUUUGAGGUAAAAUAAUAUGACUUCAAAAUCUCAGAUUUAAUUCUGUUCUGAAUAAAAUAUUAUAAUUACACUAUAUGUGCCAAUGUUUCCAACAGGACUUUCCAGAAGAUGAGGUAAUUCGAUGCGAAAGCAAAGAGGUUGUAGAAUCAUAUUUCAUGUCUGCUGUGAAAGAGGUAUGCACACAGAACAAAAAAGUCACUGGAAUAUAAAGGGUUAGACCAGAAUAGGAUUAAAUGGAAAACUGGAAAUGACUUAAUGUAAUAGUCUUCAUUAGAAUGGAAGGGAAUAGAAAACAUUGCAAUGAAACAUUACACUGGAUUGUAUGGAAUAGAGCUGAGUAAAAUAGAUUAUAAUAGAGUAGAAUAGAAUAUAUAAUAGAAUCUUAGAAUGAAGUGGAGUAAAAUAGCAUGGAAUGCAAUAGAAUAGAAUGGAAUGGAAGGCAGUAGAAUAGAAUGGAAUAGAAUGCAAUAGAAUGGAGUGAAAUUGAAUGCAAUGUAGUAGAAUAGAAUGGAAUGGAACGGAGCAGAACAGAAUAGAAUGGAAUAGAAUGAGGUUGAAUGCAAUAGCAUUUAAAGUAGAAUAGAAUAGGAUGGAAUAGAAUGGAUAGAAUAGAAUAGAAUGGAAUGGAAUGGAGUAUGAUAGGAUGGAAUGCAAUAGAAUAAAAUAGAGUAUAAUAGGAUGGGAAUGGAUGCAAUAGAACAGAAUGGAAUGGAGUAGAAUAGAAUAGAAUGGAAUGGAAUGAUUGAAAUGAAAUCAUUAUUUUUUAAGGCUGACUCUCUGAAACACAAAUCACAGAUCAUUAAUUCCAUGCAAAAGAAAGACCAUAAACAACUAUGGCUUGGUUUGAAUAAUGGUAACACAAUAAUUAUUGCACUAUCUGUGCACCACUUAUGUAUUCUCAGGGAGCAUGUUUUAAGUACUGUUUAAUAAACGAGCAGGAGUGUUUUAUUAGGUUUAAAGCCACGAGCGUGCAGGGCAAGUGGCUUUAGACCUAAUAAAACACGACCUGCGAGUUUAUUAAACAGCUUCAAACACGACUACAAAUUCAAUAGAUGUACUGCCUUAUUAGUAGUCUUUAUAUAAAGAAUAGAGAGUUUGAGCAAGACAACGAAGUACGAAGACGAAGGCAUACUUGACAAUUUUUGCCGCCUGCACAUUAUCUUGCGCAUACUGAGUUGGACGUCACUGGUGGUUGCUCAACGUGUCUUCCCAUGUGUCGCUGUAAUACUGACCAUAAUUUUUGCCCUGAUCCAGAAAGGAACAACGAGACAUGAAACUAUAUCCCGUCUUUGUCCUUCUGCCUUCGUGCAGAACGAAGUUCACAACGAAUUUUGCCAAAAUAUUCGUUGUGAACGAAGGCAGAAGAACGAAGACGGGAUAUGGAUUCAUGUCUCGCUGUUUUAUCCUGAUCAGGGUAACGAUUUGAGUCAGCAUUCAGCAAACAGCUAGACAUGAAUCUCUAAUUUGUCUUCACUCCUGACCCUAAACUCAGAAUGCGCAAGAUAAUGUGCAAGACAGGCAAAAAUUGUCAACCACAUUGUCCUCGUCCAACUUCGUUCUCUUGCUCAAACUCUCUGAUACUAAUGAGGACACAACUACAAUAGAUACUGCCUUAUUAGUAUUCUUUAUAUAAAGAAUUAUGGUUGACAUGAUUUGCCAAUAAGCUUAUGAAUUAUUAAUGAGUGUUUGAAAUCAUCUACAUUUCCAAUACCCAAGUAAUUGAUUUACCAAAAUUUUAGACAAAUUUGAGCAGUUCUGGUCCGUUAAUAAAAGACUUAUGGAAAGAUCUGGAGAUGAAUUGUUCAAACAUAUUCCGUUCAGAAUUCAUCAGGUAUAUCAAUGAAGAUUAAAUAUUACCAAAAUAUAUUUUACGGAAGGAUUUGACCAAUAUGUAAACAAAAUAUUUGUGUUACUUUAGUGUGACAAACUAUUCAUGCAGAAGCUUGCAAAGCCAGUUAAUGAAGCAGGUUUGUGUUAAGGCUUAAGUAAAGUACAAUUCAUGGGCCUGAGUACCUGACAACUGACAUUUAACGAGACGUUAUGUGCAGCAUACAGAACAUGACAUUUUUACUAUUUCAUAACCAACAUAAUGUCAACUAAUUCAUAUGUUAAAAAAAUCAUUCUCCGUUAUUCAGAGAAUGAUUUUUUAAACAUAUAUAUUAGUUGACAUUAUGUUGGUUAUGAAAUAGUAAAAAAGAUUAGACUUUGACUUGACUACCGUUACUUCUACUAGAUAGAUUUCAAUACCGUUACUUCUCACAGAGCAUAGCCAAUCGAAGGGAAGAUGGCUGUGAAACUCAUUAGAAUAACAAUUCUAACUCAUUAUCUAUGUUAGCUACUCGACGUUUAUUCAUAAAUAUGGUCCUUCACCGUCACAUAUUGUAUUUUUGCCAAAUCCACCAAUAGCAAUUUCCAAUUUACCCUAUUGUUCGAGUCACAGAUAGGCAACUUUCCUAAAACAUUGCUAUUGGUUAGUUGGGCAAAAAUACACGGCGCACGUCACUGACGGUGAAGGACCAGAUUUAUGAAUAAACGUUGACUAACAUAGAUAAUGAGUUAAUAUAUUAUAGAGGCGUAGUGCGCAUUUGAUUGGCUAAUCAGGUAGAAUAAAUGCAUCUGAUUGCACAGGAAAAAUUUUAAAUUUCCAUUGAUGGGUUUUUGAAUGUUUUUUAAAGAUCUACCAUGUAUACUAUCAAUGUAUAAAAACUCAACUCUUACCAUUAUUGGUCAUUGUAGAUUUCCCAUAUGGUAAAUUGUUAAAAACCAUGAUGUUUGAUGUAAUAUAUGAACAACGAGAGCAAGUGUUUCACCGGGAUAUCCAAACACGAGAAAACAAUGUAUGAAAACACGAGCGCGAAGCGCGAGUGUUUUCAUACAUUGUUUUCGAGUGUUUGGAUAUCCCGGUGAGACACGAGCUCGAGUUGUUUAUAUGGCUUCUCAAAUGAAUCGAGACGUAACAAAAUGAUGUCAUUUUCUGAUUUGAAUAGAAUUCUUAACCAAGCAUAACGUAAUUAGGAAUUCUAUUCAAGUAAUUUUGCAUGCGUAAUUAAAAUAUUUGAUGAAAACACUAGUGACUUUCAUCAAGUUUCACCGGGUUAUCCAAAUGGCAUCUUGUGAUCAAAUAGGUGAUUAUCAUUGGCUGAAUUGCUCAUGAAUUAUUAAUGAAUUUGAGAAAUUUAACAGUAAUGGUAUUUUCCUGUGCACAGGAAAAAAUAAAGUACCAUUAUUGGUAAAUAUUAAACAUGAUAAUUUUUACUAAUUUACCAUAUAGGAAAUCUAUAAUAACCAAUAAUGUAAGAGUUCAGUUUUACAUUCAAAACUGCAUCUGAUUGGUUAAUUGGGUAGAAUAAAUGAAUCUGAUUGGUUAAUUGGGUAGAAAAAUGCAUCUGAUUGGUUAAUUGGGUAGAAUAAAUGCAUGUGAUUGGUUAAUGGUACGGUAGUGGAAGUCAAAAUAUGAGCCUGUCCAUUAUUAUCAUUGGAAGCGUUAUUUCCGCCACAUUCAUUUUCUUAGCUUGUCGUUUCGUUUUCUUACCUUAGUCUGUCAAAAUAUGAUGGUCUGUUAGAAACAUAACACACUGACUCCGACAAAAACAUUACACAAUGACUCCUGUUUAGUUCGCAUACCGUCAUAUCUUGAUAGACUAAGGUUUCGCCAAAGUAUCAGUAACAUAAAAUUGCAGAUCGGGCCAUAGACUUGGUCUCAUACUUUCGCGCCUUUUUUCACCACUCGCGUUCAUCAUUAUUUUCAAUUCCUUGGCAAGACGGACUUGAAACAAGUCUAUUUGAAGCUUAUUCCUUAAUGUUUUAUUAUUACAGGAGAAUCUUUAACGUUGAAACACCUUAUGAUGGAAACAUUACCAACGAUUUUCUCAAAUGACGAAGACUUUCAGUCAACAAGAAUAGUUAUUCAUGGCAUUGAACCACCAUUGGAAACUCCAUUACAAUGGCUGAGUGAACAUUUUAGUUACCCCGAUAAUUUCUUGCAUCUUGUUCUCAUUAACAAGGAGGCAGAAAUGUGAAGUUUGGAAAUUGUGUGAAUCGAUGCAAAUAGACACUUUCUGAAUUUGCUUGGGGGCACCGAAGCAAUUUUUUGAACUCGAUACUUUGAACUAUAACAUGUAGCUGAAGAAUUAGAGUAUGCAUAUUAAAGUAUGCAACUCUUCAAUCAUCUCUUGAAUAUGCAAAAAGUUGCUAAAAAAACAACCAGUUUCUCCAUGGUUGGUCCACUGUAAAUUGGAAAGUAUAUUUCCUUGCCAGUUGGGUGUGCUUUUGAGUAAAUCCAUUUACCAAGUCAAUUAAAAGACAAAAUUGAAUAAAAUUCACAAUCGAAUAGGGUUAGGAGUAGGGUUAGGGUACUAAGUCAUUGAACUACAAAGACCGCUAAACAGUACUCGGACAUUUGACUAGGGCUCAGAUUUGACUCGGAUUCGGAUUUGACUCGGUUAACCGAAAAGAUAGAAUAAAAGUUAUUCCGAAUAAAUAGAGGAUAUUACACGGCGGCGCGAAGAUAUGACUUUUUAUCUUCGAGUGGUGAAAACAAUAUUUUAUGAACGAGCGUAGCGAGUAAAAUAUUGUUUUUAACACGAGAAGAUAAAAGUCAUAUCUUCAAGCCACCGUGUAAUGUUCUGUUUAUUAUACAGUCCCAAGCAAAAAAUUGUAUAAAUACUAAAAGUCACGUGAUCGAUAUCUUCACUAGUGAAGAUAUGGAAAAUAUCUCACUGUGUAUUUUUCAGUAUCUCACUCUCUACUAUAUAAUAAAACGACAUAUCUUGCAAAACACUGCUGAAGAUUAAUUUGAUUCGAAAUAUACAGUUUUUAUAAAUUGUGUUAUUAUUAUGCACUCCAUAUUAAUUGCUUACGGUUGUAGUAUAACGACAUAUCCGUUGCAAAACACUGAAUCAGAUUUGAUUCGAAAUAUACAAUUUUUAUAAAGUGUGUGUUGUUAUUAUGCACUCCUUAUUCGGAAAAACUUUUAUUCUAUAUUUACUGAAAUUAUUAACCGACAAACUCGUGUGCUUUUCUUUAUGUUGCCUUACACAGCAGCCAAAAUAUGCUGGUACAAAAAUGAACUAACGUGCAAUUCUAUUGUGGCUAUAAGUGAAACACAAAUAUCAAAUAUUUAUUGCUUUAUUUUGCUCACAUGAUGAAGUACAUUGAUCUAGUCCUAGGACUGGAUCAAAAUUAAUUCAGUCCUUGGACUGGAUCAAAGUGAAUUAAAUAGUGAUUUAUUCUUAGGAGAUGUCAUUUCAAAUCCUCCGGCAAUUCGGACUGGACUAGAUUUCAAGUCUUCGCAUUUUGAUCCAGUCCUCUGCUUCCCUCGGACUUGAUCAAAUUGUGCGGACUUGAAAUCUAGUCCAGUCCUCUUAGACGGAUUUGAAAUAUUACAUAAUGAUUGAACAGUUCAAUACUUUGAUACGCAUAUCCUAAUUUUUUCCAUUCUCAGCUACGUGUUAUAAUAGUUCAACUGCAAUUUGGAUCCAGCGUAGAGCGCGUCAUUUGGAUACAUUUUAGAAUUUGGACUUACUCCCCCCCCCCCCACCGGCCCCCCUCCACAAAAUACGGGAGUAGUCUUGCUCCAUGGCUGCUUAACCUUUGCAGCCAUGAAACGCCAUCGUGCAGCAGAUGGUUGUCAACCUACAGUUAUAAGGGUGAGAAAAGACUGUCAGUUCUUUUCAAUUUCACGAAGCUGAUGAAGUGAUAUUUCAUUUUAUUUUAUUUUAAGGCGUAUAAAUACAAUAGAUAAAGAUGUAGUUUAUUUUAUUGUCAAUUUGUUUUUAUUUUGAUCAGCGUCUGCAGCCACGUAACGCUUUAUUGAAAUCCAUCAAUUGAAUAUUUUGAAUAAUGUUUUAUAUAAAAUGAAAGGAAAUUAAAUGAUGCG